AUGUCUAUUGACACGAGUCCAGUUCUAGCACCUAUGACACUUGGUCGAUCAUUCCAGCUUGGAAUGCUAUAUGACUUCAAAACGGACAUGCCUGUUAGUGAUGUUUCACUUUGGGAUGAUAGGUUGAUUACAAAUUAUGUCAAAGCUUGGCUAAUACCAUCGAGUGGCUAUGAGAUUCAUGCUGAAGAUUCAUUAGCAAAGAGACUAGAUCUUUUCCAAUUGGACUCAGAUUUGAAGAUGAGUGUUCUGUCAGGUCUUGUUGAGCUGACUCACUCGAGCAAGUUGAUAGAUGAUCGUAAACAAGGAGAACAUCAUCGUCGUUUCGUGAUGAAAUAUUCCGUCACUACACAACAACGCGAAUUAUCAACCAAUCAUUUGAGUAUACAUAACGCGAAGUAUCCUCAGGUGAUCCAUGAACGAAUCGCCACGCAUCUGGUGACUGGAAUUCUUUAUGGAGCCGAAGUGUAUUUUGUCUUUAAUCAAGCAGCAGACAGCGGGGAAAGUUUCACGAUUAACGAACGAAAUCUUCUUGAACUUUUACAAAAGUUGACAACAUAUCAAAUAUUUCAGAAUGGUAAAUUAUAUCUCACAGAUAAUGAAAGAAAACUAGCGAGAACAUUAACAUGUCGAUAUUAUGGUGAUUUGCAGCUUGUCUCAGAGCCAACAACAUUUGAACAAGUUGCUCAUCUAUUUCGUCGAUUACCGCAACUUCUUGAAGAUCGAUCGAUUCCGAAACAGGUGUGGUUAUAUCCAUUGCAUCUGUUAGACAGAUCUAGUAUCGGCUAUCGUAAUUUUCCUCACAGUAAAAAUGACCUUGUGAACAGAUCAGUUGAAUUAUUCGAACGAUUAUAUCGACUGGAAAUGAAAAUAAAUGGUUUGAAGGCAAGAACUCCCUAUAAACCAUUGCUUUAUCAAAUUCAUGAACUAUUAUCACUCUACUCUGCUGCAAUCGGCAAGUUUCAAAUCGAACUGAAGAAGCAAAUAAAAGAUUUGUGGAUAGAAUUUCGUCAGGAUGGUAUGAAUGAAAAUAUCUACCGAGACUUCUUAAAUAAAAUGUACAUCUAUCCGUUGAAUGCGAAGAAAACUAACAAUUGGAUUCAGUCCAUUAGUGAAGGAGUUCAGAAACUCGUGAAUUUUACCGAUCUUCUACAUAAUUCAGUUAACAUUGUUGUGGGAAACGCAUCGGUGGAAUCACCGUUUGUUCUUCGCUUAAUUAUCCAUGUUCUAGAAAAAUCCGAUCCAUUUUUAAAUGAAUUAUUUCAAUUCCUACACGAUGCAAAUGAUCAAGUCAUCGCUCCGAGUACCAAAAUCAACUGUUGGUUUAAUCAGGAUAACUUUACAUCGAUUCGAAAUAAAAUCGCCCUUUUCUGUGAGUUUGCGCAAGCUAACAGCAAGAACGAGGACAUUCAAUACAUUGUUGAAGCUCGAUACGCUGAAGAGUUUCAUAUGAACAAAGAUGUAUCAAUUAUUCUGUACCAAAACAGAACUCCAACAUAUUUCGAAAUUCCAAGUAAACCUGGUAGAGCCAAAGUAACAAAUAUAUCUCGUGAAGUUUUUACACUAACUUGGUCAAAACCAAUUUAUGGAAGCCAGAGCAUUAAACAAUAUAAAGUUUAUAACCAACUUGAUGGUACACAACGAUGGACAGUAUUUCAUAUCACUGACGAUGAUACCCUGACUACUGCUAUUUCGGAACUUCCACGAGGAAAAUAUCGAUUCAAAAUCAAAGGAAUUACCUUAAUUGGUGAUACAGCUGAAAGUGACGCCAGUGAACUAAUCGAUAUGAAUGAGCCAAAACCAUCACCACCAGUCAUGGUUGCCCCACCAAUUCCUCCACAUCCAACACUUCUACUUGCUCUCACUCAGAAAACGCAACCAAUCGUGUCUGCUAAAACAAUUACCGAUAAAAAAGCAACUCUCGACGUUAUGCCUGCCUGGUUUGAACAAGUUAAACCCGUACCUCUAGAAAGAAUUCGUCCACCAGCCAGUUUCGACAAAAAUUCACCGACCGACGUUCGCACUUAUCAAUGCUUAGCUACCUAUCGAUCGAUGAAAAAUAAAACCAAGAACAUCGACUUCGUUGUCGAACCUUUCAAAGCAGAUGUCGAAAAUACGGAAACACUAGUCGUCGUUCUCAACGAACUCGCCAAUCAACUUGGCACACGCUUAACUUUUACCAACUCCGAUUUCAAAUAUGAUGACAGUGCUUAUCGAACUGCAUGUGGUGUGGCUAACCUUGGUAGCAUUCACACGUUUCUUGCUUCAGAAGGACAGUUUCAAACAGCAAAAUUUACUCUCCAUCUCAAUCUUGACUACGAUAAUUUGACAGCAACGCCUGAAACGUUGCAGAAGUUUGUUGUAGACAGUAUCAAUGAUAUUUCGUCGGUUGUUGGAUGUAAAAAAGAAUUCAUUCGAGUGUUUGAGGUUCAACGAACACAAUCGGCUUUUCUUGGCUUCGGUAUUUGUGGUCCAUCCCUUCUUGAAACAGAAGCUAUAGCUGAGCAAACGAAAGAUCGAUUGAAUGACCCUGACGUGAAAGAACGAGGUGGUGUUUUUAAAUAUGUAAUUAGGGAAAACUAUGAUUUUAAACUGGAGCCCGUGCAUGUGCAACUGCAGUUACAAGAAAAAGACUUCGAUUCUAAGCAUAAUCGUAAAUAUGAUUUCGCUGGUACAGCUAAAAGGGGUGGUAAACCAUACUAUUUCCCCGAAGGAUGGUAUCGACAUGCUUUGAGAGUGGUCGACAAGUAUCCGGAGGACAAGGCAUGGCUUAAGAUGGACAAUUCGCCAGGUGAAUGGGCUGUUGCUUAUCAUGGCACUAAUUACAGUGCUUUGAAAGGUGUUAUAAAUCAUGGUCUAAUGCACGAGUUCGUGACGAAGGAUUUAUGUGCUGCCCAAGCCAAAAAACAAAACCCUUCGAUUCCAGACGUCAAAGGAUUAUACGUAGCAACACAUUGUGAAGGUGGAGCAGCAAACUACGCUAGUACUUUCACGGUAAAGGAUUCGAUCGGUGCUCAUAUUGAUUACAAAGUUGUCUUUCAAUGUCGAGUACAACCAGGAAAAUUUACCGAACACACAGGUCCGGUGAUUAAGGGCAAGGCCUGGCGUGUAUUUGAUGAAAAGGCCAUUCGACCAUAUGGUUUACUACUUCAAGAACAAAAGCAAAACAACUAA